AUGGCCAAAUUUAAACUGUUAAUUAAAAAUAGUCUACAUUCUACUACUGACUUUUCAAGAAAGCUAAAAUACAUAUUGAAAAUGAUCUCCGCUACAGGUUGGGUCCCAAGAGGGUUUGCAUCAGAAUUCCCAGAAAAAUACGAAUUGGAUGAUUCAGAAUUAGAAAGAAUUGAGCAUUUAGCCAAAUUGAACCUUGAUGAUGUUAAAGCUGAAUUAGGUGAUGAUGCUGUCCAAGAACUUUUGAAUGAUGAGAAUGAAGAACAAGAGCAAGAACAAGAACAAGAAGUACAACAAAGUUCCGAAACAUUAAAGGAUCAAAUCGAAGUUGAUGAUGAUUUAAAGGAAUAUGAUUUAGAACACUAUGAUGACAACGGUACUGAAGGUGGUGCUGAUAUUACUAUGUUCCCAGGUCUAUCAAAUGAUGACGGAAUUAAGUUUCACGAAGGGGAACAGGGACAGGAUCCUUACAUUUCUUUACCAACCCAGGAAGAGACUGUGGAAGAGAAACAAGAGUCACAAGUUUAUCCAACUGAUAAUUUGAUUCUAGCAACAAGAACUGAAGACGAUGUGUCUUAUUUAGAUGUUUAUGUUUAUGAUGAUGGUGCUGGGUUCCACAGCAAUGAAAUUCCAGCUGAAAGAGGUGAUGAAUUAGACCCAGAUGUUGCUAGAGGUUUAGUUCGUGAUGGUUCUCUUUAUGUCCACCAUGAUUUGAUGUUACCUGCGUUCCCAUUGUGUGUAGAAUGGAUUAAUUAUAGACCAAAUAGUGGUGAUAAUAACGGAGAUAAUGUAGCUAAUUUUGCUGCAGUAGGUACAUUCGAUCCUCAAAUUGAAAUCUGGAAUUUAGAUUGUGUGGAUAAGGCAUUCCCAGACAUGAUCCUUGGUGAACCAUUGGACAAUUCUCUAGCCGGAUUAAAGAAGAAGAAAAAGAGUAAAAGUAAAACGCAGCAACAUAUAACCACUCAUCAUACAGAUGCGGUUCUAUCUCUAUCGCAUAAUAAACAAUUCCGUGCUGUCUUGGCAUCCACAUCAGCCGAUCAUACAGUCAAAUUAUGGGAUUUGAAUACUGCUACAGCAGCACGUUCUCUAGCCUCAAUUCAUAAUAAUAAAAAUGUUUCAUCCUCAGAAUGGCACGUAUCCAACGGGUCUAUUCUAUUAACAGGUGGGUAUGAUUCUCGUAUUGCCUUGUCUGAUGUUAGAAUUUCCGAUGAGAAACAAAUGUCUAAAUAUUGGUCUGUUAUGCCAGGUGAAGAAAUUGAAUGUACAACCUUUGCAGAUGAAAAUAUAAUAUUAUGUGGUACCGACGCCGGUAACAUUUAUUCCUUCGAUAUUAGAAAUAAUGAAAAUUCUAAGCCUGUAUGGACUUUGAAGGCACACGACGCAGGUAUUUCCUCUUUAUCUUGUAAUAAAUUCAUUCCAGGUUUAAUGAGCACAGGUGCUAUGGGUGAAAAAACCGUUAAACUCUGGAAAUUCCCACUGGGUGGAGAUCUUGCCGUUGGGAAGGGUCCAAAUAUGGUUCUUUCUCGUGAUUUCGAUGUUGGUAAUGUCUUAACUACUUCGUUUGCACCAGAUCUUGAAGUUUCAGGUACUAUGGUUAUUGGUGGGGUUAAUAAGGAUCUUAAAUUAUGGGACGUUUUCACAAAUAGAACAGUUCGUAAAAGUUUUGCUAGUGAAUUGAAGGAUGUUCAAAACAGAGCUAGACAAGAAGCAGAACAAUCAGGGAAAAGUUCAAGAAUUGCAAGAAAGUACACACAGAAUGAUAAUCCAGAUACCGUCUUGAUGGUUGAUGACCAAGGUGAGGACGAGGAGGAAGGAGAUUCCGAAUGA